UCAGCAAUCUUCGUAAAAGAGCGCGAGAAGAAACCACACAGAUGCAGGCAUUGUACGAGGAGCAAGUCACUCAAGUAGAUGAAGCCAGCAUCCCAGCGAUGCCAUCAUUUCAGAGCGUGAAAAGUGCGCUUUACAGGCAUCGUCGCAAGACCAUUCCAGCGUUACCCGGGUCGCGGUCAGCAGUAGACAUUGAAGACAAAUGGUCCGAGACAACAGAUGGACGUCCCUUUCUACUGUUCAGCGACGGCGACGAUGACAAGAUCUUGGCGUUCUCCACUGCAGAACAGAUACUCGCCCUCCAGGAAGCUGACACCCUUUACAUGGAUGGUACCUUCACAGCAUGUCCAGGUUUAUGGGAUCAAGUAUAUAUCAUUCAUGCCAGAGUUGGUCAAAACACCUUCCCUCUAGUGUUCGCCCUUUUGCCAGAUCGUCAAGCAACAACCUAUGGCCGUCGACCUAUGGAUUCGACGAGCAGCUGGGCUAGCUCUGCUGCCCAUUCCCUUUGUUCAGGAUGCAUGGGUUCAAGCUAUGGAGUCGACACCAGAUGUGCCUAGAGCUGUGGACUUUAACGACUAUAUUGUGAGAACCUGGGUGGAUGAUGACGCCAGAUUCUCAAUGCGCAUGUGGAACCAUUUCGAAACUGAUGGACCCAGAACCAACAACAACCUUGAAGGAUUCCACAGCCGACUGAACCACCUACUGCCACAUGUUCACCCUAACAUCUACAGAUUCAUUGAAGUCAUCCAGAAAGUCGAGUUCAGUGAAAGGACUAAGGUGAUGCAAUUGAACUUUGGUGCGGCACCACGCUGCCGCAAGAGAAUCUACAGAGAGACAGAGAACCGCCUGGUACGCCUCAAAGAUCAGCUGCAGCAGGGUGACAAGUCUGCUAUUGAGUAUUUAGAUGCUUG